AUGCUCGAACCAGCAUUGUUGCGCCCUGGUCGUAUGGAUAUGCACAUCCACAUGUCCUACCUUACUAUGGAGGGGUUCAAAAUCUUAGCCUAUAAGUAUUUCCAAGUUUCUACCAACCAUCACCUCUUUGGUGAGAUCAAAACUCUUUUGGAAACUGUAAAUGUAACUCCUGCAGAUGUAGCCGAGGAGCUUAUGAGAAGCGAAGAUACUGAUAUGGCCCUUCAAGGAGUUGUCGAGCUACUGCUUAAGAGGAAGAAACAUGUAGCUGACAUUGCUGCACGUUUGAAACUUCAUGCUGAAAAGAAUCGGAACCUAGCUGAAAAUUAUCGAAAGCACAGAGAAAAUGCAACAAUUACAGAUUCUGACGAGGAGCUUUUCGACUAUUCUGAGGAUUGAAUAUGCUGAAUUGCUGAUACAACCCUCCAAGGUGGUUAUCAAGUUGCUUGUAGACCUCAGAAACAACACUUAACAUGAAGGUGCUAAGAAAUGAGAAAAAAGUGGCUUAAUUAUGUAGGGGGAAUGUAGUAGAUCAUAAAAGCUAAUUGGUAAAUAAUGGUACCAUGGUAGAAUGUGGAUUUUUUCAUGGUUUUUCAUGAUAUAUAUUUAUCAUCGGUAUGAGACUUGAGAU